UCACAUUAACUAUCAUGUGAUUGUGUGCUGCCUCCAAAGGCUUAACUAAGGAGAACUUUACUUCCGCCUCCUGCAUCUCUGUUCCUCACACUCUGCCUUUGGCUUGGACCCAGUUCCAGUGGAUUUUUCUACCCGUCCAUCAUUUAGCAAAGUUGUGAGGGGACUGCCUUUUUCCUGGCUUCAAACUCCCUGGAUUUCCUUGUAGCAACAAGUAUUUCAUUUUCCUUUCCCUCAAGUUUUUCUUCUGGACAGUUUUGUCUAUCAUGGGUCACUGAAAUGAGCAAGCCAAGGUAUUUUGUUCCUUUUUGCAAAACCUGUAUCGCACUGUGUGGAUAUAAGGCAGGCAGAGAUACCUUGCCCAAAUGGAAAACAACCCCCCUUUUGUCUACAGGAAGAUUACUGGGCACCUCACCUUCCCUCUAAUUGCUGUCACACUCCUGUCAUCAUUUGGAUCCUCAAUGCUCUAUGGCUACAAUCUUGCUGUAGUGAACUCUCCAACAGCGCACAUCAAAGCCUUCUAUAAUGCAACCUGGCACUACCGAUAUGGGGAAGGCCUCUCUCAAAGGUCACUCAUGCUCAUGUACUCACUGACGGUCUCAGUCUUUGCCCUGGGAGGCCUGGUGGGGUCCUUUCCUGUGGGAAUUCUGGUCACCAUCUAUGGAAGGAAUGGCACCUUGGUGCGUAGCAAUCUCCUUGUCCUCCUGGCUGGCACAUUGAUGGGAUUCAGUCGCUACAUGGAAUCACCUGAAAUGGUCAUUCUUGGACGGUUCAUCACUGGUAUUCACUCUGGUAUCUGUCUCAGUGUGGUGCCCAUGUAUCUGGGAGAAAUUGCCCCCAAGAACAUCCGUGGAUUCCUGGGCCUUGUACCAAGCAUCUUCAUUUGCUUGGGUGUUUUUUCUGCCCAGGUCCUUGGCCUUCCAGAGCUUCUUGGGGAGGAUGCCUACUGGCCUCUCAUCCUCUCUGUGAUUGUUGUGCCUUCCUUAGUCCAGUUAAUACUGCUCAACUGGUUUCCAGAAAGCCCUCGUUACCUGCUCAUUGAGAAGAACAAUGUCGAAGAAGCUACCAUGGCACUGCGAUGGUUCCUUGGCAAGUACGAUGUGCAGGAUGUGAUUGAAGAGAUGGAGGAGGAGAAACGUUCCCUUGCCUCUGUUGAGACUUUGUCCGUGUGGCAAUUGCUGAAGGAUUGCUCUGUGCGAUGGCAAGUGCUCUCUGUUGUGGUGAUCAACAUGGGCAUGCAGCUUUCAGGAAUAGAUGCGAUCUGGUUUUACACCAAUGCCAUUUUUGAGAAUGCUGGCAUUCCUGACCCAGAAAUCCCCUACACAACAGUGGGCACUGGUGCAAUUGAAGUCAUCGCUGGUUUGAUAGGUUGCUUCACGAUUGAGAAGCUGGGACGUCGCCCACUUGUCAUAACUGGUUUCUGUUUCAUGGGCAUAUGCUGUGCCGGCAUCACUGUGUCUCUGUUGCUGCAGGCAGCUGUCUCCUGGAUGCGUUAUGUCAGUGUGGCCUGUGUCAUCGGAAUCAUUGCAGGAUUCUGCAUAGGUCCAGCUGGCGUUCCCUUUUUGAUGACAGCUGAACUCUUCAAGCAGUCCCACCGGCCAUCGGCCUACAUUGUUGGAGGCUCCCUCAACUGGCUCUCAAACUUCACUGUUGGAUUUGUGUUUCCUUUCCUGCAGAUGUCAGCUGGUGCCUACUGCUACUUGGUUUUCUGCGGCAUCUGCCUUGCGGUUGCCUUGUAUGUCUAUUUCAUCAUCCCUGAGACUAAAAACAAGACAUUUAUGGAAAUCAGCCACAUGUUUGCCUCUCGCCACAGCUUCUUCUCUCGCUUGCCCAAUGCUGUCAAGAUGGUCAAGUUCAAUGGCUAUGGAGCCCUGGAGAACAGUUCCUUGGAAUAUUCUGGGUCAGAAUCUAACCCAUGAUGCUUAUCUUGUUUACUAUUUCCUGAAGCAAUUCCUUCUGUUGGAAAGCCAUCUUAGUGAGAUGUCUUCUGUGUUUGGGCUUCGGGAGAUGGAACCAUUUGAUUGUCUUUCUACAGCUCCUUUCUUUCUGCCUGGUCAGUAGUCCAGAAAGGACUUGUAGAAAACUAAGUUUGAAUCAGGUUCUUCUUCUGCCUCAUUCUGCCCAACUGAUCACUGCCCCAAACAUUUGUGGGUACCUUCCAUCCAAAUUUAUUCCUCCUCCUCCAUGGCCUAUUUCUGAGGCCUUAAAAUCAAAGUAGUUAAAUAACAACUAUUUUCAGGCAACUGGUAUAUAUGAAAUGAUUAUAAUGUCAUGGUUGGAACUCAUCCUUUAUAGGAUUUACAAAUAUUUACGGAGACCUAUCAACCUUUUUUCAAGACUUAGGUUGCCUGAAGCCAUGCGGUUUAGACUAGGUGGUCUUGGGUUCCUUCCAGUUCAAUGAUCCUACCAGUCUAUGCCAACAUAUUUCCUGAAACCAUAUUCAGAGAUUUACAAGCACACAAAAAAUGGUAGCAUAGUCUUUCUACAGUUUGGAAACAUUGCCUUUUCUAUCAACAAGUCCGAGAAUCCCUUCAGCUAGAAAGGCCAGUGGCCAAAUUGGGAGCUAUAAUCCCCCAAAGUAACAGUUCUAAAUCUGGUUUAAUUACUUGUGAAGACAUGCAUACAUCCCAUUUGAAACAAAAUUGAAAAAUAAAACAAAUGCUUGGCCCUGGAA